AAAUUCUAGAAGGAAUUUCUGCUAUAAAUUGCUCCAAUGGUCAUUCGAAAUCGAUUUCUUGUAAGGCUGAAACCCUAAACAGUUGCAGAUAGUUUUCCGACCGAGCGAGCGAGCAAUGGAUCCUCCACAGGAGCCCGUGAGUUACAUCUGUGGAGAUUGUGCCAUGGAGAACACCCUGAAGACUGGUGAUGUGAUACAAUGCCGAGAGUGUGGUUAUCGUAUUCUGUACAAGAAGCGAACUCGCAGAAUUGUUCAAUACGAGGCACGCUAGGAGACAAGUGACAGCCGGGUGAUUUGCAUAAGAAGUCAAGUAAUGAAGCAUGUUUAUAAUUGUGACCUGCUAUGGCUUGGUGUUGGGAUUGUGUCUGUGAACAGUUUUUCUGUGCUACAAUUAUAAUAUCAUAUAGCGACUUAGAUGUCCCUCUGCUUAGGGCAUCAGUGGACUAAAGACAUCAUUUAAAGAAUAUUUGAUAUUUAUGUUGCCAAUGGUAUUGUAUGAUGGUGGUUCCACUUUGACUCACUUUUAAGAAUAAUGUCAAAUCUUUUUUUUCCGCCC